AUGUCCGCAAACCACUCGACUGAUCGAGAUGUACUGGAGUUAACCGACGCUGUGGCCGAACUCAGCUGCGAGGACGAUGACACUCUGCCUAAGGAAUGGCGAAACGACCCUGAUUUUCCCGGACUGGCCGUGGAGCGAUACUUCGACAGUUUGCCGCAACACCAGAAGGAAUGGAAGGAGCAGGGCCUGUCAACCUUCGAGGUCAUCAAGGAUGCCUCUGGCCAACGCAUGAUGAAACCUCGCUGUAUCCCCAACCCACAGCUUUCCGCCAGCAAGAAACUCAAGCACCAGCUGAACAAGGAAUGGGUUACCUUGUCCCGGGACGUCGUCGCAGGCCAAGUCGAAACGUCACUGCCAUUCAGAUACGAGAACAAACAGAUGAGGGAAGACCCGACUACCCAGAGAUACAAGCUGGCGACUGUUGAAUGGAUUACCGUCCGCGAGGAGGAGGUUCCUAAGCUCGAGGAACAAGGUUGGAAGGUCUACUGCCCUCCCUUUCCCGCAGUCGACCCCGAGAAAGGCAAUGAAGAUAAGCGGCUCCCCGCCAUGCGUCCCGCAGACGUCAUAACUACCGACAAGCCAGUCGCCGACGGAAACUACUAUCUGCGCGACGGACUCGAGAUGAUGAAGCGCAUGUCAGACAACAAGUGGAAGCCAGGCGACUUGCUGGCCGAGGAUGGGUCUGAUCCCAAGGUGAAAGACGGAUUGGCAUCUUAUGCAAGCCCCAGCGACCGGGACCAGAUCACCGACCUUCGCUCAGCCACAUCUACGAGUCAUCUCUUCCAUCACGAACGGCCAGAUGACGUUUGCGUCGGAUGGGGUGGCUAUGACGAGUUCAAUCAUUGGCAAUCUUGUGGUCGCAGAGUCACCAAAGAUAUGGUAGGCGUCCCAAAUCCCAAAGCCGCCGAAGAUCCGGAAGCCAAGGAGAGAAUAGAGGAGCGAAAGUGGGAGAGGGACAGCAAAGGAGCAACCCAGUUUGUCACUGAGUCAGGCAAGGUUUUUUGCACCGUGCCAGCGUACGUUACAGAGCGUGUGCAACGCGGUGGUCGCCAGACCACUGAGAAACCCAAGCCCAGGUCGCUCUACAGUCGCCUACAUCCACACAAAACCGAUAAGACCGACAAGACCGCCAAAGGGCCAAAAGAGACCAAAGAGCCCACGGAUACCAAAGAGGCCAAAGGGCCAACCAAGGACUGGUGGUGGUAA